AUGGUGGACGCUCUGCAAGAAUGGCAAGUGACCGGAAAUGUGAAGUCCCGAAUAGGACACUUGCUGAACACAGGCUUAUGGACGGACUGCCAAUUUUUGGUCGGCACGGAGUCAAACUGCAAGUUGAUUGGUGCCCACAAGCUUAUCCUGUGCAUGUCAUCUCCAGUUUUCCAGGCCAUGUUGCGGGGCCAGUUAGCCGAAAACGAAGACACUAUUCAGGUUCCUGAUAUCGAGCCAUUAAUUUUUGAAUGGUUGCUAAAGUACAUUUACACCGAUGAUAUCACCAAAGGAUCAGUGGAUGAAACAUGCAAAUUAUAUUAUGCAGCUGAUAAGUACAUGUUUCCAAUAGUGAAAGAUCAUUGUCUAUCGCAAUUACUCUCGGUUAUCAACGCUAAAAAUGUAUUACAAAUUUACGAGUUUGCAAAAUUCUACAACAAUUCAACUCUAAUUGACAAGUGUCUAGCUUAUAUAGAAAGCAAUGCAAAAACCAUACUGAAUGAUGAGAGUCUCAUGGAGUCUCAGCUGAAUGUCAUCAUCGAAUUGUUUGAUCGCAACUCUCUGUGUAUCGAUAGUGAUUUGGAUUUGUACCGGUUCCUGACCAAAUAUGCGACGAAGCAUCGAUUACUCCCUUUGGAUGAUAUGGAAGCAAAGGAAAAAAAUACGAACGAAAUUGUAGAUUUGAAAAAGUCCGAGAUAAAACUGGACGGGAAAAACGUAGUAAACUUUAGCGAGAAAACACUGGGAAAAUCUUCAAAAAUUGUUGCCAAAUCCGAACAAGGCUUACCAACAAUUUACGAUGCUCUGAAACGUAUUCGCUUUUUGACAAUCAGCGUGAAUAAUCUUGCUGCUGAGUUAUCGAAAAUUAAUUUACUCACGGAUACCGAGGCGUACCAAAUUAUUAUGAAUAUUUUACUUCCCGAGACUGGUUUUCCAAUGCCGGAAGGGUUUAGUACGUCGAAACGCCAAAGAAACCCACGCCGAUCUACGAAUCAUUGA